UACUUUUGAAAAAAAAACUGUGAAACAAUUAUUUAAAUAUUCGUUGACAUCGAGUGUACACCCACAAGUUAAACAUCAAUAAACGUGUGUACAACAACUAUAUAUUUUAAGCCCACUUAAACCGAACGAUUAGCUCACAAGCGCAACUAAAAUGUUGAGCUCACCAGCUUUACAGAAAUCUUUAAUAAAAUAUUAUAUUCUGUUUUUGCAUAUUAUAUAAAAAAGAUCUUGUUGUUUAUAAUUAACUAUUUCAAAUACUGUAAAAAUCACUAUGGGAUCGGUCAACAACCGCUUUUUUCAUCUAACUAUAAAAACGAUAGUAUAAAUAUAAAUAUCUAGUUUUAGAAUAGGUGUAUUUAAAAAAAAAAAAAAAAAAAAAAGAACUGGUAUAUUGUCAUUAUGCUGAAAGAUAGCUACGACUCGUUGGGUACAAGAUCGUUGCCUGAAUCCGAUCGAUCUACGCUGUCACGAGACUGCGACGUCAAAAAUAACACGUGGCGAGAAAAUGAGUCUCACAGUCAAGUCUCGGAUCGGGAAACACUUCCGGUUACGUUUUCAGACGUGUCAUUUUUCCGUGACUCGGACGCCGAAGACAUCGAUUCGCGCGUAUUUCAACGUACCCUGGCCAUAAUCAAACCGGAAGUGGCUCGACUCAUGUACAAAAUUGAAAAUAUAAUGGCUCGAAACGGGUUCAUCAUAAUAACGAAGGACGUGUUGCGCUUGACCCGUGAACAGGCGGCCGAGUUUUACUGUGACCACGGGUCCGAGUUGUACUUCCCGCGACUGGUCGAUCACAUGUCCGGUGGCCCUAUUGCCGUGUACGUGCUGGCCAAAAGGGACUGCGUGCAGGAAUGGCGGCGGUUGAUCGGUCCCGCGAACGUGUGCACCGCCAAACAACGUUUCCCCUUCAGCCUGCGGGCUGUGUACGGCACGGAAUCGACUGCGGCUCCGGUGGCGAAUGCGUUCCACGGCAGUGACUCGCCGACCGCGGCCAAACGCGAAAUACGGUUCUUCUUCCCAAACAGUGAAGUAGAUGAAGAAAUUGAUGACUCUGACUCAAUGCGAUUCAUUCAUGAUAUCAUGAUGCCUACCAUCUCCAAUGGUCUAAAUGAAAUGUUUAAAAUCCUUCCUAAUGAUCCAGUAAGAUGGUUUGGCAAUUGGUUGUUAACUAGACAUAGCUAAAUGAUCAUGAUUUAUGUCUUAUAUAGCAUCACAUUGAAACAUUUUCAAACAUAAAAUUAAUUAUUUAAUAAACAAUUAAUUCAUUAAUUAAAUACA